AUGUUAAUGGAGCGUUGUUCUCUUCAGGGUGAACAUUUCGGAACUACUGAAGCCACAGAAGCCUUCUUUGCAAUGACCAGGCUAUUUCAAUCCAACGAUCAAACCCUAAGGAGAAUGUGUUACCUGACUAUCAAAGAGAUGGCCAACAUUUCGGAGGAUGUUAUCAUUGUCACCAGCAGCUUGACUAAAGACAUGACGGGGAAGGAAGACGUCUACCGAGGCCCAGCCAUUAGAGCCCUCUGCAGGAUCACAGAUGGCACGAUGCUGCAGGCCAUCGAGAGGUACAUGAAGCAAGCCAUUGUCGACAAAGUCCCCAGUGUGUCCAGUUCGGCGCUGGUGUCUUCUUUGCACCUGAUGAAGAUCAACUACGACGUGGUCAAGCGGUGGAUCAACGAAGCCCAAGAAGCUGCCUCCAGCGACAACGUCAUGGUGCAGUAUCACGCCCUGGGGCUGCUGUAUCACCUCAGGAAGAACGACCGGCUGGCCGUUUCCAAGAUGCUGAACAAAUUCACGAAAUCGGGCCUCAAGUCCCAGUUUGCCUACUGCAUGCUGAUUCGGAUCGCCAGCCGGCUCCUGAAAGAGUCCGAAGAGGGGCACGACAACCCGCUGUUCGAUUUCAUCGAAAGCUGCCUCCGGAACAAACACGAGAUGGUGAUUUACGAGGCGGCGUCUGCGAUCAUCCAUCUCCCGAACUGCACGGCCAGGGAACUGGCGCCGGCCGUCUCUGUGCUCCAGCUCUUCUGCAGUUCCCCCAAGCCCGUGUUGAGGUACGCAGCGGUGCGGACUCUGAACAAGGUGGCCAUGAAGCACCCCUCUGCCGUGACAGCCUGCAACCUGGACCUGGAGAACUUGAUCACUGACUCGAACCGCAGCAUAGCGACCCUGGCCAUCACCACUCUCCUGAAGACGGGCAGCGAGAGCAGCGUGGACCGGCUGAUGAAGCAGAUCUCCUCCUUCGUGUCCGAGAUAUCAGAUGAGUUCAAGGUCAGCCGAUGCAGCUUCUCAGGGUUUUCUCCCUUUUGUACCGUCGGGUAA